UGUGUGUGUGUGUGUGUGUGUGUGUGCAGAAGAUAAAGGUUCAGCUUCUUCCUCUUUUCUCUCAUUUCACACUGCUUGUCGACUCACACUGACUGAAGACCAGAGACAUGAGGGCUUACCUGCUGCUGGUACUGCUACUGCUGCCGCUGUGCUCUGGAGCUCCGAAGUUUAGCAUCCGGUGUUACGGAGAGGACUUCCUGAUGGUCCGUAACAUGCCACUGGACUGUACUGGGAAGGUUCUUCAGGCCUGCUACACCCGGGAUAACAGAGAGAAGGGCUGCACUCGGCUCGAGUUGUGUAAUCAACCUGGAUGGAGCUGUUGCCAUACCGACCUCUGCAACGCCUGAGCCAAUCACAGCCCAAGAAAGGGACGUCAUCCAGACGCAUGACAUGAAAUAAAGCCAGGAUUAUUUGCCAUUA